UGUGAUUGUAUCCAACUUGGAAUACCUAUUGUUCAAACUUGUGUAAAGAUACCUCACCUUCAAACAUGGGUUCAGUUGGAGCAGAAGCCCCUCGAGCAAGGCCCAUUCGGGUGGCUGGAUGUUCCGGUGGUGUAUACGACCGCAAAAGAGCCAUCCACGACAUGGCGAAGAAUGAAGACGUGGACAUUAUCACGGGUGACUGGAUGUCAGAGUGCAAUAUGACUCUCCGUGGCUCGGACAAGCGUGAUCGCAUGGCGCAAAAAGCCAUGAACUCCGGGUCUUCUGUAGCUCGUGGGUACGAACCCUAUUUCCUGGAAGAAUUGGAUCCUGCCAUCCCAUGGCUGGCGAAACGAGGAGUCAAAUUAUGCGCGAACGCCGGAGCAAGUGAUGUCCCAGGUUUGGUUGAGGCAGUGGAAGAGCUUAUCAAGAAACACGGGGUGGACUUGAAAGUUGGUUGGGUCGAUGGAGAUGAUGUUACAGAUGCUGUCCUAGAUCUUUAUAAAAAGGGUGAACAAUUCCCAAAUCUUCCAGCCAACAAAAACAUCUCAGAAUGGGGCUUCGAGCCGGUUUGUGCUCAAUGUUAUCUGGGUAGCACCGGUAUUGCGGCUGCCUUCGCUGGUGGAGCGGACAUCGUACUCUGCGGCCGUGUUGCAGAUGCCAGCCCCACGAUUGGCGCAGCCAUGUGGUGGCAUGGCUGGAAUCGUGAUGACAAUGUCAAAGAGUUGGCAGGGUCGUUGAUGAUCGGACACAUCAUUGAAUGCAGCACCUACGCUACUGGAGGCUACUAUUCUGGCUUCAAGGACCUGGGAAUCAAAGAUACCGACAUGGGCUAUCCGAUCGCUGCCAUCGACCACAACGGCGAGGCUGUGAUCAGUAUGGAAAAGGGCAAGCAUGGCCUGGUAACAACCGCCACUAUUGCUAGUCAACUGCUCUACGAGAUUCAGGGACCUUUGUACUACAACUCCGACGUGACUGCAUCGAUCGAAGACAUAAAAUUGGUCCAGGUGGGCACAAAUGCUGUUCACGUCUCCGGUGUGAAGGGGCUACCAGCUCCGGCCACAACAAAAGUCGGCAUUACCGCCAAAGGAGGCUAUCAGGCUGAAUUUCACUUCUAUCUGACUGGCUUAGAUAUUGAAGAGAAGGCUGCAAUGGUCGAACGCCAGACGAAAGCGUUGAUGGGUGACCAUCUCAAGAGAUUCUCUUGUUUGAAAUUCAUGGUUGCCGGCGCUGUGCCUCAAGAUCCACAAUCUCAAGAAGAAGCCACUGUGGACAUGCGAAUUUUCGCCCAGACUCGUGAUCCAGAUAUUCUGAGUGGGAAUUCCUUCGUCGAUUCGGAUCGUGGAUCAUUCGCCAGAUUUUGCAUUGAGAAUUUGCUUCAAGGUUAUCCAGGCUCCACAAUGGCGCCAGACAUGCGGACAGCAAUUGGAAGGCCAUUCUUCGAGUACUGGGUUGCCUUGAUGCCCCAAACAUACGUGCAGGAAACAGCACAUCUCCCUGAUGGCACUGUGGUUAAUAUCUCACCACCAAGUAACACGAAGAUGUACGAACGAGAGCAACCUUCAUACGACACUCAAGAUCCAGUUGACUUGUCACAAUAUGGUCCAACCACCCGGGCGCCUCUCGGGCACAUAGUCAUGGGACGAUCUGGAGACAAAUCGUCAAACGCUAACCUGGGUCUUUUUGUCCGACAUGACGAUGAGUGGGACUGGUUCCGCACAGUCCUGAGCACUUCGAAGCUGAGGGAGCUGUUGGGCAAGGACGACAAGGGUAAACAAAUCGAUCGAUGCGAGUUCCCAAACAUUCGGGCUGUGCAUUUCCUGUUGAAAGACCAUCUGGACAGAGGGUUCAAUUCGACAAGUAGCUUUGACAGUUUGGGCAAGAACUUAUGCGAGUAUAUUAGGUGCAGAUAUAUUGACAUCCCCAACAAGUUCUUGGAGAGAGGCAGAGUAUGAAGGGCAGUUUGUAAAUAC